GUACAUAGCAAUAACACCACUGUGUCUGCACAAGCUGCGCCUGCAUCCCACCGCAAGGAUAAUGUCCUGCAUGAUGUACACAACCACCCCAAAGGACCCGCAGCUACUUUCGCCGCUCCAAAAACUCGCCGGGCGGCUGACGCCGGUGGAGCGCCAGUUCUCCAGAAAUCACGAAAGGGCAGAUGGUAGGCUUGGCGGGAUCCUUUCCGCCCACUCCAGCCAAAUCAGGCGUCUUUGUUGCAUGACGGUGACUAGCCAAUUUUCCUACGACGCCGCUCCAGUGCGUUGGAAGUCGAGGACACCGCAUCCCACGUGCGGCAGAAUUCUGUAUGAGAAAGAAGCAGGAAUCGCACCGAGACCAAAUGUACAAUGCGGGGCGGUCGAAUGGUCCCUAGCCUCGGUCCUCUGAUGAGAAGGUUCCCUACAGGACCCUGUCGUCGUUGCAGACUGAAAAGAAAGCGUCAAGGCAGGAUGCCGGUAGUGAUGUAUGUUGUCGGAAGACUGCUUUAGGCCACUUUUGUUGAAGGCCACAGGCACCGUAAUCAUGCUGCUCGAAACCAGCGACAUCUUCACGCUGAAGGCCUUGGCCGUCUUGGUCGGGGCCUACUUUGUGUAUGGCCUCGCGCUCGCCAUCUAUCGCCUCUAUCUGAGUCCUCUGAGCAAAUUUCCUGGCCCGAAGCUUGCUGCCGCGACAUUCUGGUACGAGUUCUACUACGACGUAUGGCUCGGAGGGAAAUACAUUUUCCACAUCAAUCAGCUGCACCAGAAGUACGGCCCCGUCAUCCGCAUCAACCCUCUCGAGAUCCACGUGCAGACACCCGAGUUCUACGAUGUGCUUUAUAGCGGGCCGGGUCACCGGCGGCAUAAGUGGUAUUACGCUACGCGCGGCUUCGGCGCGGACACAUCGACGUUUGCCACGGUGGCCCACGAUGCCCAUCGAAUGCGCAAGGCGGCCCUGAGCCAGUUCUUCUCCAUGGGUCAGGUGCGGCAGCUGGAGCCCGUCAUCCAGAAGGUCGUCGACGCCUUUAUGCGCCGCGUCGACGGUUUUAGGGCCGACGGUCAGGUGCUUAGGAUUGAUACGGCUUGCAGCGCACUCACGGCGGAUAUCACCAUGCAGUACGCCAUCGGCAAGCCAAGCCGCCUCGUCGAGGUUCCGGACUUCGAUCUUGCUUUCCAGGAGUCGCUGCUUGACUCAGGCCGCCAACUCUUCCUGUCGAGACAGUUUCCCGUCCUCCUACGCCUCGUGAGAAAGGCUCCCAGUUCCUUGAUGCUGAAGCUCAAUCCAACACUGACCUCCUUUUACAAUCUACAAAUGAGCAUCGGUGCCCAGGUAGCCCGUAUCCUCAACGGAUCGCCCGAUGAGCAGCGCCAUCCCGCCGCGCACCGUACAAUCUUUGUUGAGCUCCUGGACAGCAAGCUACCGCCGGAUGAGAAGACUUUUGUCCGACUCGCGGAAGAAGGCGGGGUGCUCAUCGGCGCGGGAACGCUCACCACGGCCUGGGCCCUCACCGUGGCCGUAUACUACUUGCUUCGGGAGCCCGAAUGUCUCGUCAGACUCAAGCAAGAGCUCGCAGCGGCUCUGCCCGGCGCCGAUCGCUCGGCAACAACAGCCAACAGGCCGCCAACCAAAGAAGCCCUCCUCCCCAUUCUCGAACGGCUUCCAUACCUCAACGCUGUCAUCCAAGAGUCCCUGCGCCGCAGCUACGGCGUAGCGUCGCGGCUGACGCGCCUCGCCCCAGACGAAGAACUAGUGGUGCCUGGGGGAGACGGCCGGGAAUGGCGGAUCCCGCCCAACACGCCCGUCUCCAUGACGCAACUGGACAUGCUUCUUGACGAGGGCAUCUUCCCUCUGGCCCGACGGUUCCGGCCGGAGCGUUGGAUAGAGAACCCCAAGCUGGCGCGGUUCCAGGUCGCCUUCGGCAAGGGAUCGCGGCGGUGCCUGGGAAUGAACCUCGCCCUAGCCGAAAUCUACCUCGUCCUUGCGGCGCUCUUUGGCCGGUACGGCUCCAGGGAGGUCAGAAUGAACGGCGACGUGGGAUACCUGGAGCUGUUUGAGACGGACGACAGCGAUAUUGAGUGCUCGGUGGACGGCUUCCUUCCUCUCCCGAAGAAGGACACCAAGGGCGUGAGGAUCAGGGCGCAUCCUUGGUAACCACUCCUCCCAAUAUGCUUGGGCUGAGGAUAUGCAGGCUUUUUGCUCGGAAGCGUGGGAAAUCUUGUCUUCGAUAGAAAUAGGGGAAAUCGUUGACCGGCUUUGAAGUGAACGGUUCCUUAGUACCAGCCGCUGAUCUGGACACCGCGCGCAAUGCCUGAUGCCAGCUUUGGUUUCUGGCUGCGACUCUACGCCGAGUAACUUGAAGGCAACAAGAAACAUUGGAAGAAGUGCCGCCUCCUCAAGUUUUGCUUGACA